CACAUCCACCCAGCACUGCCCAGUGCCUGGAUUUCCUGUGGGCUGGGAAACCUCACAAGUACCCUGCGUGGGAGGGCUCUGGUGCUUUCUGCAAGCUGCCUGCAGCCUCGAUAGCUCCUUUCAUUUUCAUUUUUCUUGGUGCUGGGAACUGUGCAGCUCCACCCGUGGCACCAGAAACGUGUACAGUGCAGAGGUUCCGGGUCUCUGUCUGCGGCCCAAAAAGAGCUGUGGCUGCCCAGGCUGGAGCACAGAGCCCAUUAACCCCAGUGCAGGAAAACCCAGGCAGCGUCCGGUGUCGUGGCUGGUAACUGCUCCGGGCUGCUGCGGGCGCUGGGUACAACACAUGCUGCUGACCCCCCCUGCUCUGCCGCAGAUGUCUCAGGAAUCAUGGCGGCCGAGCCACACCGCUGCCUCGCUCAUCCCCGAGGCCCGUGGAGGGCGAGCGCAGCGUGCCAUGUACCUGCUCCUGGUUCUGUGCGCCGCAGCGCUGUACCUCGCCGGGGAGCCCCUCGUGCCCACCGCCCGCAGCCUCGCCGUCCACCUGGCAGCCCUGCAGAUCGGGGCGCUGCUCAAGGGCACCUGCUACCUCGCGGAGGAGGUCUUCCACCUCCAAUCCAGGCACCGUGGCAGCUUCUGGAGGGCCCUGAGCGCCUGCUUCCCCCUGCACUGGCACGGGCCCAUGCUGCUGGUCUGUGGCUCGGCCUACGUGGCUCUUCACGACGGAGAUGGGCAGCCGCUCGGCCUCCACCUCGGCCUGGCCAGCUUGUGCCAGCUCCUCGUCCUUGCUCUGGGGCUCCACAAGCCCUCAGCAGUGGAAAUGUCUGAGAUGUCUGAGAAGUCCAAGCAGAAUGUCGCUCAUGGGCUUGCCUGGUCUUACUAUGUUGGGUACCUAAAAAUAGUCCUGCCACGGGUGAAAAAGUCGAUGGAGGAAUUCAGCAGAGCCAACCCCAACGUGCUGGCAUGCAGGGAGACCUGGAAGCUGCACAUCUUGGUCCCUCUGAGCUGUGACGUCUGUGAUGACCUGGAGAAAGCUGACAGCAAUAUCCAGUACCUGACAGACCUCACUGAAAUCACCCUGACCCGAGCUGGCACUAAAAAAAGGGUCUACAAACACAGCCUCUAUGCAAUCAGGGAUGAAGACAACAAGCUCUGGCACUGUGCAGUGGAGUAUGCCACCCCGCUGCAGUCCCUCUACGCCAUGUCCCAGGAUGAGUGUGCAGCUUUCAGCCGGGAGGACCGCCUGGAGCAGGCCAAGCUUUUCUACAGGACCUUGGAGGAGAUCCUGAAAGGCUCCAAGGAGUGUGCGGGUACCUACCGGCUCAUUGUGUACGAGGAGUCAGGAGAAGCAGAGACCCACUUCUUGUCCAGAGAGAUCCUCUGGCACCUCCGGCAGCAGCAUCACGAGUACACCGUGUACGAGGGGAACCACCCACACGCCCCAUCCACGACCCUCAACUCGACAGAGCUCAACCUCCAGAUAAGCAAGUCUGACCUGCCGCAGCCUCUGAGAAGUGGCUGCUUCUAAAACACUAGUGCUGCCCAGCCCCACACCACCACCUCGGGGCUCCAGUCCCCCUUCCCCAAGCCCCUUGCUCUUGCAGCAAGUGCUGCCCAUGUCAGCGAUCCCCAACCUCCUGCAGGAACUGCCCACCAAAACCUCCUGUGCAUCGUUUUUAUUGAAAACAGCUGACUCAAACCACAGUCCUGUGACAUGCUUCCCAUUUUCUUUGUUAUGUAUAUCUCAUAUAUUAAGCCAUGGGUGGUUUUUUUUUAAUCUGCUUUGAUUUGUGUCAUAUAAAGCAUUUUCCUCUGGGACAA